AUGAAUCGAACGCUAAUUCAGGCAGCAUGGAACGGGGAUGUUGAUGAACUACUUAAAGGAAUCGACAAAAACCCAUCUAUGCUUCAUGCCGUAGCAUUGGAGGGUAGUGAGACUCCAUUACACAUAACUUGUUUCGCUGGACAUGUCAACUUUGUAUCGACAGUCAUCAACCUGAGGCAGGAUUUUUCUAGGGAGCUCAACCAAGAUGGUUUUACACCUUUGCACAUAGCAGCUGCUUGUGGGCAUGCCGAAAUUGUGAAGGAGCUUCUCAAGGUUGACCUUGGUUUGUGUUUGAUCAAAGGAAAAGACGAAAAAAUUCCUCUCCAAUUGGCUGUGGUCAAAGGUAAAGUUGAAAUUGUAAGAGAGUUGCUUUUGGCGAGCUUGGAUUCUUUGGACUGUACGACUGCGCGACUUGAGACUUCGCUCCAACUAGGAGUGAAGAACAACCAGUUCGAAGCUUUCCAAGUUUUGAUUCAGCAUCUGAAGCAAGUAAACAAGGAAGAUCUUCUGAAUUCUAAGGACAUUCACGGCAAUACAAUCUUACACCUUUCCGUCUCGAUGAAGCAAUAUGAGGUGGUUGACUUUCUACUUAACGGGCAAGUUAUCAGCAAGGAUAAGAUUGAGUUGAAUUCCUUAAACAAAAGAGGUUUAACUCCUCUUGAUAUGCUACUAACGUUCCAAAGUGAAGCUGGUGAUCGGGAAAUUGAGGAGAUUCUUGUCCAAGCGGGAGCUUUAAAGUCUAAAAACAUACAAUCUCCAGCAUAUCCACAAGAAGAAAGACCAAACCAUCCUGACACAAGACCUGAAAACCCUCGAUCUCCAGCUCGAGCUAUGUUAGACUACUUCAAAUACAAUAACCUUAACGAAUCUCCUAGCAUAGUAAGAAAUACGCUUCUUGUGGUUGUUAUUCUGAUCACAACUGCAACAUAUCAACCAGCACUUAGUCCUCCCGGAGAUGCUUGGCAAGAUGAUUCCAUUCCAUCCGCAGGCAAUAAUACAUUAUCAUCUACCACAAAUAUUACCGCUUCUAUUAAACGACACACCGCUGGAACUGCUAUUAUGGGCACUGAAAAUCCGAUAGCAUACAGUAUAUUUCUGUUUGCCAAUUCCAUGGGGUUCUACAUGUCAGUUCACAUGAUUUACAUACUCACAGAUGCUUUCCCUUUGCAGUUGGAAUUGCAGAUUUCAUUGGUUGCACUCGGUACAACCUACGUUGCUUGCAUGAAUAGUUAUAUAACCUUUGGUUUUAUUGGAAUUUCUAUUGCUAUGCCGUUUGGAAUGCCAGUUGCGAUCACGCUGUAUAGAAAUUAUUUAAAAAAGCCUAGAAAUGCAUCGCCUCACACUACAAGAAAAUCACCCUUUAGCGGCGACGCUAUUACCGGCGACGGAGGUCUUUAG